UUGAGGCGAGAGGUUGGGGGGUGUGUGUGUGGGGACAGUGUAACUUGGAGGGGGUGUGUAAUUGGGGGUGUGAGGUAGUGGGUGCUUCAUAUUUUUCUUUAUUAUUAUUUUUUAAAAAUUAACAAGCUCUCGUUUGGCACUCGGUGACGAUGAGCGGGCCAGUGAUUUCUUCGGGCACUGAUAACUUGAUGGCCCGGAUCGGGGAGGGCGAGCGGAACCAGAGUUCAGGUGGACAGCCACAUCGGUCGCCAACCGUCGCCCCUGGCGCUGUGCCGGGGCUGCAGGCCGACCCGAGCCGGGACAGCAGAGGGCGAGCGCCGCUUGAGCAGCUACGCGAGUGCGCGAGUGACGCGGAGGCUGAGCCCGGCGUCCCGGCGCAAGGAGGCGGAGGUGCAGGAGGAGGAGGAACUCCGGCCGUGGUAGGAGGAGGAGGGGGAGGAGGCAGCAGCGGAGGAGGUGGAGGGAAGAGGAGGCACCGGAGGCGGCCGUCCAAGAAGAAGCGUCGCUGGAAGCCUUACUUCAAGCUGUCGUGGGAGGAGAAGAAGCAGCUGGAUGAGAGGGAGAGUGUGCGGGCGGCCAAGACCCGCGCCGAGAUGUUCGCCAAAGGCUUCACCGUGGCCCCCUACAACACCACCCAGUUCCUCAUGGAGGAACACAACCAGGAGGAGCCCGACCUCAACACCGGCGUGUGCCCCAAGCGCGUCAACAAGUCAGACGAGACGAGCGAGGAGGAAGAGCUGGACGAGGAGGAUCAAGACAGCGGCAGCGACGGCAUGGGAGGCAACGGCAGCGAAUUCCUGCAGAGGGACUUCUCCGAAACUUACGAGAAGUAUCACGCAGAGAGCCUGCAGAACAUGACCAAGCAGGAGCUGAUCCGGGAGUACCUGGAGCUGGAGAAGUGCCUGUCGAGGCUGGAGGACGAGAACAACCGGCUGCGGUGUCGCUUGGAAGGGAAGAAGCUCGUCCGGGGUAGCGAGGUGAUGGAAAACAAGAUUAGAGAACUGGAAGGAGAGAUUGAGAGACUGAGAGCCGAAAACCUCGAGCUCCAGGAAGAAAACGAACAGUAUAAACGGAAAAAAAGACUGUCGGAAAAUGAUUGAAACGUGAACUCUGGUUACAAAUCUGUAAAAAGAAAAACAAUAUUUUUAGUCUGUACAGAUUCUAGAUUUGUUUUUGAUUCUCUGUUGUAUAUUUGAAACUCUAAUUGGCUUAUUUUGAAGUUGGGUUGGGAUAAACCUUUUCCCCUUUUUACAUUUUUAGCAUCUGCCUUUGCAGAGAGUUGGAAGUAACUUUAACUUGUGUUUUAUACAAGUCUUUCCCCAGCCACACUUUGCCACGUGUGUAAUCUGAACCAAAACUAUAGGCAGGUAGAGGAGGUGUAUUCUCUACUUUUUUUAAUAAAGUGGGUUUAACUUUGGGGAUGCGAUUGCUUUUUUUAAACCAGUAUAUUGAGUUGCUUUCUGUCAGUUUGUUGUAAAUGUGAUUUUUUUUUUCUAAAAUGUUGCCAAAUGUGUAAUGCCUAUGGUACACAAUCCUCUCUUCAGAGGAAGACCUGUCGAAGCCAUUACAUUAUGGCUUUUUUUUUUCAAUGCAUGGAUUUUCAACAGCUGUUAUAACCAGAGGGUGGUGAUUUUAUUUUUCUCCUCCUUGCAGGUCAGAAUUUUACUCCUGUAUUUCAAAUCUACUUGAUGAUUUUAUCACUUUUUAGUAUUUGAUUGUACUAUUCAGUUGAUCAGAAGAGCAUUGACUCCAAUCCUGUUUAAUGCUUUUGUUUUGUGCAAGCCCUCAAAUGUGUAACUGUCUUUUUAUUUCAUCCACCUUUUCUCAAUCUGUUCCAUUUAUUGUCAGAGUUGUAUGGGGAGAAACUGAACUUGCAAGCAAUCAGUGUAACUAUUGUUUCAAAUUUCUGUUAAUAAAAUGUGGCAGCAACACAUCUUAACUAUUUCCCAAGAAAAACUUGGGUAACAGUAUCAAGAUUGAGGUUAAAUUUGUUUUUUAAAAAAAAACCCAUGUACCUUUCAUGGCACUAAAUGAAUUUUAAAAAAUUAAAAUAAAACUAGUGUCUUUAAAA